GACGACGAGGCCGGCCAGUACCGCUUCCGACGUAAAUCGUCCAACCUGGGGCUGAACUGGUGGCAUAAGCACAUGCAGGAGCAUGCGGCGCGGCUGGAGCAGGACAGAGGGGACGGCAUGGACGUGGACGACGAGGUAGCAGUGGUGAUGCAGGAUGACCUCGAUGCUGCCGCUGCUGCUGCUGCUGCUGCUUCUCCGCAGCCUAUUGCCGGUGCCACUGCUGCCACUGCCGACAGCCCCCUCAUCCGAUCCGACUCUGAUCUGGACAAGAUGGAGCUGCCGUCCCCUCCCGAUCUCCUGUGGACCACGACCAAGCCCUUGCUGCCAACCGACUCUCGCCGGUCAUCGGUGGCCGAGCUCCAGCUAGCGCUGGCAGAGGCCAAUCGCGCCGCAGCCCAGGCACAGGCCAAGCUCGUCGCUUCGUCCCCCCAGACGGAUCCUUCAGCCCAGCCGGCUGAGCCCCGCCCCGGCCGCCAGGAACCUGGGCCCUUUGGCAAGCCGUUUGGAGGCUUCCGACAUGUUCCCGAUCCCGACCCCAAGCUGCUUAAGUUGCGCCAGGGCCCGUCUCCCCCCAUGCUGGGCAAGGACCUCGUCUUUCGACGAUGCCCGUCGCCCAAGUUCACCACCCUCGAGCCCGAGGACACCUUUGAAGGACACAUGAUUGAGGACCGCGCGCGGGAGGUGCCGGGCCAGGCCGGGCUCUGGAGGGGGUACUGCUGCAGGUCGGAAUCAACCGGAGGAUGCAUCGUGCCCCCGGAUCUGCACAAUCCCAAACUGAUCCAGACGCCCACCCACCCCAGCUUCCCGGACACGCAGUGCUCAUGUGAUGUCGUCGACGCCAGCGUCACCAGCGUCAUCAGCGAGGAGCCCGCGUCCAUCUUCUCCUCGUCCGACUCUGCGUCGUCGGGCCUGACGUCGAGCACCGGCGGGCUCUGGGGCUCUUCCGCUCACCAGCCGCAGCAGCAGCAGCAACCCCAACCACAGCCGCAGUUGCAUCCCAAGCACCAGCACCAUCAGCACCAGAACGGUGCCGAAGAGCGCAAAGGCGGCGAUGCCGACAUGGGCAACGGUCUCAACGGCCUCGGCGAGCGGCUGCAGCGGGAAAAGGCCCAGGCCGAGCGCGACGAGAAGAUCCUGCAAGAGUUUGGCGAGGACUUCGUCACCCAG